UGUUUGGUUGGUUUUGGUUGGUGUAUGAUGGUCUACAUGAAGCAUAACAAUAACAGUUAAUAAUUUGUUUGAAGUUUUUUAUUUGUUGGUUAUUAUAAUUAGAUCUAUGUUCGGUUGUAUGGAAAAUUGUAUCUUCUUCAGGCUUUACGUAUGAAGUGAUUUAAUGCAGUGUGGUGAAUUGGUGAUCAGGCAAAAGCCUAUUAUGACAAUCAUGACCCAAAAUGUGGGCUUGAUUGAAACUAGUGCAAGUGCGAGGUUAUUGUCCAAGAAACCCCCAGAAAAAGAAAUAAUACAUUCUGGACACUUCAUGGUUUCAAACUUUGAAGCAGAUGCACAGGACGAUGAAGAUGUGUUUGCCAGUAAUUCAUAUGAAGGAAAACGUGAUGACAAUAAUGCAAGUGGGGUACCUUCAAGUUCUUCAAUCGGUAAUACUCCUGGUACUGCUGUACACAAAUUUAAGCCUAUUCAACACAUCUCAAUUGAAACAUCACUCACCAAGCUCUUCCAAUGCAUGUCUUUGGCUUACAGGCAAAAACUUACAUCACCAAAAUGGAAUCGUUUCAAAGGAAUUCGGUUGCGGUGGAAAGACAAAAUAAGAUUGAACAAUGUAAUAUGGAGAUGCUGGCACAUGCAAUUUAUCACCAAGAAAAAUGCAUUGGUAUGCCAGUUUGCAUCUCCGCUGGAUACAGACACUCACAACAAACCCGAAGCGAUUGUACUGGAAGGGAAGUAUUGGAAAAGAAAGCUCAAUGCAGUGACUGCUGAGUACAAGAAAUGGAGGCUGUUUUACAGGAACCGUCUCUUAGGCUGUUGUUCUAAAGAUGGGCUGGACCCACAGGACAUGUUGUCAGAACUAGAGCUACUGGAGUGGCAGCCUCAUGGAGAUGACAGCCAUAUGAUGGUGGAUGAGGACUACAUGGAGUUCAUGACAGAUACUCUGUUUUCUACCAUCAGUGCCAAUCAGCCCUUUGCGUUCCCAGAUACUAGAGAGAUUGCUCGGGGAGCGAGCUUGGCAGAUUUCAUACAGCCAAGCUUGGUUCAGCUUCAGCCGAAUCUAGACGAUUUCAUGGACACUUUUGAACCACUUCAAGAGCUGUUCUACUCAAAGUUACCGCCUGUGCCUGAGGAGAGUCAUACAUCAGUGUCUACAGACAACCUUUACCGCUCACUGGACUACCAAGCAUCAUCAGCUACUACCAAGACACCAGACAUGUCUAGCUACCAAGCUCCCUCUCCUCCCUCACCCACUACUAGUGCUCCGUACUACCAAUACCCUCCCCAGCAGUCACAACCUCCACCCUCACCCAAGCAGAGACCUCCCUCCUACCAUGGGACCAUAUACAGCAUGCAACAAUACCAGCAGCUGUCUCCCCCACCCCCACAGAGGACUUCUCCCUCCCCUCCUCACACCUCUCAACCCUCAGAGUUUAUGCCUCCCAACUACCCCCGUGUUCCCAUCAGAUCCAAUAGUCUCCCCAUGGCGGGAUCUCUGCCUACUCGUCGAGAUGAGGAGUUGUUCGCUGUUCCAAAGUUGAAGAUGUUCAACCGGUCGCGCAGUGGGUCGUGUCUGGCGGGAAGUGUCAAGCAACCACCUCCUCUUGUGUCAGCCGUCAGUGAGCCUCAACUGGCCUUGCCGCCUCCACCCCCCUCCACCAGUGCCUUGCUAGCUCAUCUGCUCACCACCAGUAGUACAACAUCCCAUGCCUACACUGGACCCUCAGCAGCAGGGUUCCCCAAUGAAACACUCAAAAUGUCCGAGUCACUUCCAUCACUUGAAGCUUCUUACUAUAAAAAGCCUGAACGGCCAGAAAAGCAAGCUCAACAUCGCUCAGUAAUAUAUUCUACACAGACUGACAAUGGCUCCCUGAACCUAUCAGCACGCAGUGUCAGUAUAACGGACAGUCGUAUACCUCCGAUCUACGAGACGUUCACAUUUACCGGAGGCCCAGCAGGGGGAGGUGGAGUGAGACACCGCAAAACAUCAGCCCCACUGCUGCACCACCCUCCACCACCUCCAGCUCUCAUGUUACCGCAGGUGUCACCUUCACAAACGUCCACCCAGGUGAUCAGCAGUGCCAGCAACAGUCCUAAACACCCUGACAGUCCAGGAGCCAGUGAUUGUCUCAGUCUGUCACCUCUCAACGUUGGUAGUCCGGGGUCAGCCACACCACACUCGCCUACUACAGGUGUCUACAAGGAACAUCGGCGGGUGAGUCACAUCAACGCAGAGCAGAAGAGAAGAUGUAACAUCAAGAAUGGGUUUGAUACCCUGCACAGUCUAAUACCUCAGCUCAGUCAGAACCCGAAUGCAAAACUUAGCAAGGCUGCAAUGCUACAAAAGGGAGCUGAAUACAUCAGACAGCUGAGGGCUGAUAGACAAACACUCAAAGAUGAAAUAGACAACCUACGGCAACAGGUGGAGUCAUUGAACUCUGCUAUCAGCAACUGCCAAGCAAUGUUGCCAGCUACUGGGGCUCCUGUUUCCCGACACCGAAGUACAAAGAUGAAGGAGAUGUAUGAUGAAUAUGUUCGAGUACGCACUCAAGAGAACUGGAAGUUUUGGAUCUUGAGUCUCUUGUGUGAGCCUCUGCUCAACUCCUUCAAUGCACAGGUAUCCACACAGAGUCUGGACGAGUUGUACAGAACAACUCUCAGUUGGGUGGAUCAACAUUGCACUCUCAGUGUGCUCAGGCCUUUGGUUCUGAAUGCCUUGCGUCAACUUUGCACCACUACAGACAUUUUAUCAGAUCCUGGGAGACUACCAGCCGAGGCUCGGGCGGCUGCUAUCAAGGAUUCCUCACUCCCUCAUCCUCCCAGUUAGUACCAACGGUAGCGGCUUUAACCUUUUUGCCUUGAAAUUCCCAAGCAGUUUCACAAUGUUAAGUCAUUUGCGAUAUUUAUCUCAGCAUCAGUUUUAUUUAUAUCUGGGUGAAAUUUAUCCAUUGGAAGUUUGUUUUAAGUUGUGUGGGUUUGGAAUGUUAUGAUCUCAACUUUUCUGUUACCGGUAUUCAAUUUUUGUAAACUAACCAUUAACUAUUAGGAAACUUUGAACCCUAUCACUUGAUGGAAAAUAACUCCUUUUAAAUCUGCCUAACAUAUUUUAAAGCUUGUUUUUUUCUGGUAGAAAAAAUAAAUAUUUGCCUACAAAGAUUAACAUAAAACGUAUUUCUAAUAAAUUUGUCUUUCAUUAAAAUACUUCAAAUUCAAAUUAUUUAUUACUUUUGCUGUAGGAAAAAAAAUAUCCUCAUAUUUUCUUACAUAUCUUAGGUUUAAAAAAAAACCCCUUUUAAGUUCCCGAGAGCGCUUUGAAAAUAAUGCCACAGAAAAUUUAUUCUUUAAGUGAAUAGAGUGCAGCUACCACGGCCACUGGGCUUAUCGAACUUGGAAAUUCAGGAGUCAUUAAAGUAUCAAGGCCAGCGGAGAAUAAUGUCUAAACGGGGUAUUUUGCUGGGAGGAAAGGGUGGUUGAGUAAAGAGUGAAGCAAGAGAGAACGGGAGAGGAAGGUGAAAGUGAGCUGAUGCAAGGGUAGAAAAUGAUUUUUGAAUCCAACGUAACACCAUAAUCAUCAUGCUUGGUUGUAGUUUUCAGUAACAAUUAACAAUUCAGGCUUUCAUAUGAAUGUCAUUAUCACGAGCCUACAAAGAAUGUUUUCAUGAUUACUGAAAUAUUUAUUUGUAAGGGUAGACUAAUCUUAAAAAAUAAAAGCCAAACUUGCCCGUAUGACAUACAGGAUGAUCAGUGGACAUCUUAACAGUUAUUAUUGUUGUUAUAAACAGGUAAAUUUUUAAAAGUACCUAAUAUACUCUUCAUGUGGGCCUUCCAUAAUUUUGUCAAGCUAGGUGUUGCAAUCUACAAUACUUUUUUGAAAUUAUAAACUAAAACCUAAAUAAAAACUAUACACUUUUAGUAUAAAAUUUAUAGUGAAACAUUAAAAAGUAAUCAAAGGGUCACAUAAACUAUUCGUUCAAACCCGGGUGACCUUACUUGGAAUCGCCGUUAUAGAACAGUUUUCCUAAGUUUCAUAGCAAUCAGUUCGCUCUAACAUUGUUUUUUUUAGCGGCUAAAUUUAUAGAGCCCUUACUAUAGUGUAUAGUGAAAUAUUAAUUUUUCCACUUCAUUUGAUUGAAUAAAUGAUAGUAAAAUUCACAUCCAAUCACAGCUAAGUUAAAUAUUUUUAAUGUGAAAAAAAAAACAUUGCAUUAAAGGAACAGCUAAUAUAGUUGCUUUUAUUUAACAGGCUAGGUUAUAUUCUAGUUUUAUAUUAGUUUAAAACACAAACAAUUUGGUAAUUUCCUGAGCCGCCCAUAUGAUUACUGGCUUCAGUUUAUAAUUUGACUAUUUCAUGAAUUUUCUAUGCUAUUACUCUAGUAAGUUAAAUUAAUAUUAAAUAUCAUAUUAAUUAAGGAUAUCAUCAAUGGUGAUGAUAUUCUUGGAAGGUCACAAUCCGUUGCCCAAAACACUAAGUAACAGGAAUAUUUCCAUCCCCUCUUGCCUCCCCCCACUGGGUACCAACUUCAUUGUUCGCUCUUAUCCAUGGGCCAGGUAUUUUUGAAUUGUUGGAGUUAGUGCUUGUUUUUGUGCGAACUAAAGACUAAUGAAGCGUAAAAGGGUUUGGCCCCAGAUAAGGACCACCGGUGGCCGUGGCUCUGUUUACAAGUGCAUAUUUACUACAUUUUAUCGAAAUAAAGAAAAAUUCCGUUACAUUUAGCACAUAUCUAACAGUUGUUAGUUUAAUCUAGAUAAAUGUUGUCUUCCUGUGAAACUCUUGGUGAUAUAUAUUUAUGUUCAAUUCAAUUAUUAAAAAAAUAUAACAAAAAUUCAAUUAAUAACUUUAGUGUUUUGUUUAGAUUAGAUGUAGAACAUGUUAAGUUUGUCAAGUGUUUAUUUUACUUUUUUUAUUGGUUAAUCAUGUAUGUUGUUUAUUAGUUGUUGGUUUUAAUAUUAUUUUGUCCUGUUAAUUUUAUUGAAUAACUUUGAUUGAUGUAGCCUUAAUGUUAUGUAUUUAAUAUUUAGCAACAAACCAUUUUGUGUCUGUUACAUAUCCAGUUAGUUAAAUAUUUAAGAUAAAUUUGUUUGUUUUCUCUGUUACGUUAUUUGGGUAGUACAAAUUUUAUUGAUCACUGGUUGUUUGAAAACUUUGCCUUGCAUAUGUUAAAAGUUUGUUGUUGUAUAUUAAGGGUGAUACAAUUGAAAACAAUUUUUCUGUGAUAUGAAUACAAGUUGCAGCCAACGUAAGUGUAACUUUGGAAUGCAUAAUUCUUUUUACAUUUUAUUCCAGAAUCAAGUUAAAAUUGUAUUUUUUAAGGAUACAAAGAUUAUAUUUUUUAGUUAGUUAAUAAAUAUCUAUCGUUUUUAUAAACCAUAAAAAUAUAUCUAAAUACAAAUGUGCCAAACCGUACAAGGUAUCUUAAGUAAUCAAACUAGCCAUUAUUUUAAGUGUAUUUAAUGUGUAAGGAUUUUAAUUUUUCUGUUACAUCUACUAAACAAACCAAUAAUCCUAUUAUUAAUCAAAGUACAUAUCCAAUUAAUGUCAAUGCUUUUGCUUCAGCCUUCACUUUUAAUAAGCAAACAAACCCGAAUACUGUAUUUUCCUUUACCACGUCUUCAAAUUGAUGAGAGUAAAUUACUAGCCGUUAACAAGUUCAACUUAGAAUUUUGAAAGCUACUACUUAAUCUGUUUCAAUAGUUUUUACCAACUGUAGACCUAUAGUUGCCUACUCAAUAGGUUGAAAAAAUUCCUUUGCUAUAUAUCAGAAAUAGUUAAAAUGGAUUUUUCUUAUUAUUUUUAGUCUGAGAGCACAAUUUUACACUUAUGAAAAUCCACAUUGAAUAUAUUUGUAUACAGUAAUUACAUUUUAUAAAAUUA